AUGGCGUCAACCGAGAUAGCAAGGCAAGCGGGUGAAGGUGCUCGUGCUGUCCCUCUGGCAGGCCAUGUCGGCUUUGACAGUAUGCCUGACCAGCUGGUCAACAAGUCUGUCAACCACGGAUUCUGCUUUAACAUCCUCUGUGUUGGCGAGACGGGUCUGGGGAAGUCCACCCUCAUGGACACGUUGUUCAACACCAAGUUUGAAGGCGAGCCCACUCAGCACAACCAGCCAGGAGUCACGCUCAAGUCCAACACCUACGAGCUCCAGGAGAGUAACGUGCGCCUCAAACUCACUGUCGUCAACACCGUGGGCUUUGGAGACCAGAUCAAUAAAGAGGACAGCUACAAGUCAAUCGUGGAGUUCAUUGAUGCCCAGUUUGAAGCAUAUCUACAAGAGGAGCUGAAAAUCAAGCGCACGCUACACAGCUACCACGACACCCGCAUCCACGCAUGCCUUUACUUUAUAGCUCCAACAGGACACUCGCUCAAAUCCCUGGACUUGGUGACCAUGAAGAAACUCGAUAGCAAGGUCAACAUUAUCCCAAUCGUUGCCAAGUCGGAUGCCAUCUCCAAGAGUGAGCUGGCCAAGUUCAAAAUCAAAAUCACCAGUGAGCUGGUCAGCAACGGAGUCCAGAUCUACCAGUUCCCCACUGAUGACGAGUCGGUGGCAGAGAUAAACUCCACCAUGAAUAGCCAUUUGCCAUUUGCCGUGGUGGGGAGCACAGAGGAAGUAAAGAUUGGGAACAAGAUGGUGAAGGCCCGGCAGUACCCCUGGGGAACAGUUCAGGUGGAGAAUGAGAAUCACUGCGAUUUCGUCAAACUGCGUGAAAUGCUCAUCAGAGUUAACAUGGAGGACCUGCGAGAGCAGACUCACACGCGUCAUUAUGAGCUCUACCGCCGAUGCAAACUCGAGGAGAUGGGCUUUAAAGACACAGACCCUGACAGCAAGCCCUUCAGUCUGCAGGAGACGUACGAAGCAAAGAGGAACGAGUUCAUGGGUGAGCUGCAGAAGAAAGAAGAGGAAAUGAGGCAAAUGUUCGUCCAAAGAGUCAAAGAGAAGGAGGCCGAGCUCAAAGAAGCAGAGAAAGAGCUGCACGAGAAGUUCGACCGUCUGAAGAAGCUCCACCAGGAUGAGAAAAAGAAACUGGAGGAGAAGAAGAAGUCCCUGGAUGAUGAGCUCAACAUGUUCAAACAGAAAAAGACUGCUGCAGAGCUCUUGCAGAACCAAGCCCAGCAGGCAGGGGGCUCCACCACACUCAAGAGGGACAAAGAGAGGAAAAACUGAUGUGACGCCGUGCCUGUUAGAAAAGGAAGAAGACACUUGCACUGAGAAGCUUAGGAUUCCUGUAGAAAAAGUGCUCCCUUGUGGCCAUCCUGCUGUGAAUGAGUUUCCACCCCAUCAUCCUUUUUACAGUACCCCUUCCCCACCCUCACCUUCACCCAACCCCCAUAAUUCAACCCUCCACAUGCCCCUCCCUGCUCUCUGGAAGACGCUGGGCAUUGCUAUCAGUUUGACAUCACUUUUUUUUUUUUUUGCUGAAUGAUGCUUGUCUGUUAUAUGAUUUGUACAAGCAAUUAUUCGGCUUGUCUUUUUAUAUGAAUUUACAAAAUAAUGCAUUCCAUGUUUGUUUUGUAUUCAGUGCUUAAUUGCAUGACGGAGUGAGCUUUUUUGAAUAUUAACAUACAUGACUACUGUUGUGAUGGGCAGAAAUGUGUUGAGGGUAAAGUGAAACACGCAUCAGACAGUGGGACUUGAGGAUGUUUGUGUGGUCUGCAGUAGAUUACAGAGAAGACAGAAUUAAGACAUCUGAGGAUUGGAUUAAGUAAAUGUUGAUCCAUCUUCAGAUUAAAGAACAGCAAUCGGCUUUGUCUGUUUCAAUGUUACAAACUAUUCAGUAGCUGUUUCUGAAAUAUCUACUUACCUUGACAAUGUUAACAACAACGUACUUGUUAGUAAUUAGUCAUGAGCUUGGGCUCGGGGUAGGGAUAAUUAUAAUCCUUAAGAUUUCAGUCCUGGUUUAUUUUAGCAACACCCGCAGGUGCCAACUUCAAAGAACUAGCGGCAACGAAAGCCGACUGCUGCAUCACCUGUGUCUCGGCCAAAAUAUUCCACAUAAACACGACGCAAAGACGACCAGCCUGAAUGUUCUGCACUUGCGUGAGAGGAAAUAACUCUUUAUACCAGCAGAUGGGAAAAAGGGAAGGGAAACUGGAAGGCUAUCUCAAUGCUAGUUAGCCAGUUAGCACAUUAACAACACAAUCCAGUGUUGAAAGAACUGAGUAUAUUUACUGUACGCCAGUGAACAAUAACACAAACCUUCAUGAAACGUGUCUGCUAAAAAGCUCAAUGGCUAAAGUAAACUAAAUGUAACAUGUUUGGUUUGGUUUGACUCCCUCUUGACUUUAGCUGUUUGUUUACUUUCUUCACUUCCGUUUCUCUUCUCGUGCACUGAGCUGAACUGCCAAUCAGAGUGAUUUCAUUCGCCGACGGACUCUGCUGUCUAUGACGCCGGUUCAACAUGCUGAAUCGGCUAAAACAAAGCCAAGGGGGGCUGAUGAAGGGGCAAUGGUGUGGGACGUACCGCAAAAACUAGGGCAAAAGACGCUCACUGACAGACCAACAACGACUGACGGCCAACUAUCGGCUUGGUGUGUCAGGGCCUUGCUUAGCAGCUGCUUUGUCAGAAAUACAACAGACUAGCAACUGGUGUAUGUUUACAGCCAAGACAAAAGAAACUCACACUGUCAGCCAAACACUUUUUUAGUAGUGUGAUAAGUAUACACACAGUGCGAGUUACUCAGUUUACCUUAAUUUGUCAAACGGUGCUAAUAAAUGACAGUGGUCUUCUUUUGUAGACACAUUUUUGAUCAGCCGUCUUUGUUAGCGCUCAUCGUAGUGACGAGUACAUUGCAUUUCCUGUGACUGCACCUGUAUGGAAACUCUGGCGCCUUUUUCCGCUUUUGCCCUCACAUACAAUUUUAGUAGUGUUUUAUAAACGAGAGCCCUGAUUUAGCUGUGUGAGAGGGAACAGUAAACAGUGAGUCUGAUAUUGUUGAUUUUUAAUGACAGUAACACUGGAUAACACACAUCUUUUCCCCAUAAUCCCUUGUCCAUCUAAGGGCAAAAUGAAUCCACCUCAGGAAUGGCGGACCCCGCCACCAACAGUGUAGACUAUUAUUACAGAAUGUAGAUGCAUUCAAUGACUAUUUCAGGAAAAAAUGCAGACCAUAAAUAAGAUCAAAAAGGAGAUUUUAUUUUUUAAUGAAAAUCUGAAAAACAGCUUUAAAGGUCCUACUGGUUAUCACCUCUGCCGUGUAUGUACCAGACUUCCAAAACAGUAUGAAUUUAUUUAAUCUGUUUAGUAUUUUUGUCCCUCUGCUGAUGCUGUUUCACUUUAUCCAGAUGCAUGAGUAGUUGUGAGCCUAAUCUCUUUGCCACUUCUCCCAUACCUCGUUCAUUGUCAUGUGUCAUGUGCAUACCUGUAUUAGCUUUCACAUUUGCACUUUUUUUUUAUACACAAAUGUGAUGUUUUUUAAGUAUAUAUAUAUAUAUAUAUAUGUAUUAAUGUUGUCAGUGCAAUUGUAACUUUCUUUUUUAUUUUACUUAUUAUGAAGGCACAUUUGAAAGUCAGUCACCAUCAUGUCCGUUGUCCUGCAGGGACCGGUGUUGUUUUGUAUCAAUGUUAAACAUAAAAGAAUUAUUAUCUCAAAAGAAAAUAAAGGCCAAUUUUUCACCAAAUAUUA